UCGACGUCACCCAGUCCUGUCAUGUGACUAAACAGGAAGAGAAACCACUAAUCUCCCCCAGGACCGACGGCGGAUUAAAACUGUGCUGUAGCCGAAUUUUACUCUAAAAGAAUCACCGCGAGGGAAGUAUGGAGGAUGAUGAACUUCCGUCAGAGGAUGGGAUGGGUGGGCGUGGCUCUCUACUUGCUCGUCAGCGUCAUGGUGGCAUACUACAUCUUUGAAGUCCACAGCUUCAGUCUGGAGCAUGUGCAGAGAGGUGGCAUCGACUCAUUGGCUCUGCCCCCUGCUGUCUCCACCCACUUGCCACCACUUCCUGUGUGGGUGUGGGCAUCAAUCUUCCUCCUGCCAUACCUGCAGCUCUUCCUCUUCCUGUUCUCGUGCACAAGGGCUGACCCCCGAGCUGUCGGAUACUGUGUGUUUCCAGUCUGCGUCUUCCUGCUGUGCAGCCGCCGCCACACAGCGAAAGCAGCCAAUCACAGAGCGGGGUUGCUUAUUGAUACAUAGGGUGGCAAGACCACAGCAGGUGGACACGCUUGUGAUGUCAUUUCCUGUGUGCCUUUAAACGAACACUCCUAGACUCGACGCUGACUCGGUACAGACUGUCAGAAUUCAUUGCAGCUGUCAAUUAUCCUCUUUUUGUGAUGUCAGAGAAUCCUGUGCUCUGAUUGGCUGCCCCUACUGCAUCCAGGUCAGCUGAAGCAUUGAUUCAGUUGCCUAGGUUACAUGUAGCUUGUGUCGGCCAAUCAGAGAGUAGCAUUCUCUGUGGCACAUUUCUUUAUUUAACAAAAUGAGACAGUGGUUACCAUAGCAACUUUAAUACAACAUCAAUUAAAACAAAAAAGCAAAUUGCACAUAAGCCGCAGAUGUUUCAGGUUUUGGAUCUUUUAGCUGGAGGCUGCGGUUCAGAGUUCUGCUCCUCUUCUUCAUUGCUGUCUUCAUCUUCCUCACCUGCAACAGGAUAAAAAAAGGUCAAACACGCAAAACUACCCACCAAUCAGAAGUUUUUCAGUACCAGAACUGGUUUGCAGGCCCAUUCAGAUAAAGGGGGCGGAGUCAGCACCACAUGACGCAUAAGCAGAAGUCACCUGGAUUUAAUGUUUUAAUCCAGGUUCAGGGUGAUGUGUUCAGAACCGGAGCAGCUGAUGAGCUGAACAAGCAGGUUUCUCCUCCCUGAUAACACCGUCAGGAUGCGAUGCAGUGGAUCGGUACUACAGAGUCCAGAUUUUAACUAAUGACAAAUGUUCUGGAUCUUCUGGAGAAGUCCUGGUGCAGUGGACCGAGUCUCCGUCAUCAGAAUAAGACGAUGGAAAAUAAAUGUUUAAACAGAAACUUACUGAGUGAAUGAACGUGUGCUGUGAUCAGAACCAAACUAGUCCAAACCAUCUUUGUUUUUUUACAAGGUAAUGAAUUUUUAUCACAAACUAAUGUGAAAAAUGUUAAAAGAUACAAACCAAACUGAUAAGAACAGCUGUUGUAUGGAUGAGAGAAUCAAUGAUCUGAUCAAUAUCACUGCCAAUAAAUAAAUUAGAAGAUA